AUGUCUGAUUCCUCUAGCUCUGAAUCAUGCAACCCUAACAGGGAAGAUCCUGUUGUUGACUCUGUGAAUACCUCACAUGCAAGAAGACCAAAAAAAACUGUCUCAGGCUUCUCCUCAGCAAUCGCACUUGAUGAACAAACCAAAGAAGGUUCCAGGUAUGUUCACAAUACCAUUGCAACUAUGGUGACUGGAAUACUGUCUGGUAAUCAUAAGGUUCUUGGGGUUUCCAUUCCCUUAAACACUAUUGUACCUGAUAAUGUUGCUUGUCAAGAAAAUACAGUAUCAUUAGGAAAGAAUGUCUCUGAUGAUGCUGAGCAAACUGAUGCUCGUAAGGGGUCAAAUAUUGACAAACCCUUAGAUAAUGUGGGUGGUGAGGAAAUCUGUGUCACUCAUGAUGUCAGUGACAACCCUAACUGUGAAGCUGAAACAGUAGACCUGGAGGAAUUUUCUGAUAAUGAUUUAUUAUCCUCAGUUGUCCCUAACAUAGCCAAAAGGGUUAGGACUAGGAGAGAAAAGAAAACAGUGGCGCAAAGGUCCCCUAGAAAGAAGAUUGAUGUGCCAACCUCUCCCAAUCCAAAGGUGGCAGAGAGUUCCCUCAAGAGGAAAGGUCAUGGUCCAACAAAAUCUUGGAGCAAAGGGGUGCCCAAGAAAAAGAAGACCAAGUUUGUUAUUGUGGAGUCUGACUCAGAUGUUCCAUGUGAUGUCACUGCCACUUUGUGGAAAUAUGUUUAUCAGAAGAGGCUGGCUUUGGAAAGGGAAUUGGCUCAGAAUGUCCUGGAAUGUAAGGAGAUUAUGGACCUUAUUCAAGAGGCAGGAUUAAUAAAGACUGUGACUCAGUUCUCAAAGUGCUAUGAGAUGUUAGUAAAGGAAUUUAUUGUCAAUGUGUCUGAAGAAUGUGUUGAUGGAAAGUCUAAGGAAUUCAAAAAAGUAUAUGUGCGAGAGAAUGAUUCUGUGAAGAGAAGAGACAGCCCUUUGGCCUUCAAUCAUAAACUGUCCCUAGGUACGCAUGUUCCUGACAUUGCCAUGGCAACAGGAGAGACAUCAAGUGUUUGCAAUCAACCAGGUAAAGUUGUUGUCAUUGCAAUACUCAAAGAAACGUGCAAGGAGUUAGAGGCAAGGAAGCUCACUUUGGAAAAUUUGAUUAUCAAGUUGGAGAUUACUGAAGGUGAUGUGCUUGGUGAAACUGUUGAUGCUGUAGAAGGAGCUGCAAGACAAGGUGCAGAGGGAGAAGAGGAUGUCAGUCCUGAUGAUGGCACAGAUGAUGAAUUCAUGACCAUCUAG